AUGAAGCCAGCUAGGUGCACUGCAGAACCCAGUAGAAAUACGACACGCACCAUGAUCUCUCCACAUGCCAAUUCGUUUCGGGCGGGAGGGAAAUUUCCCAAUCCCACCCACCCGCCACCGCCGCCCGUCGCCCCGCCCCCGCCCCAGCGCACCGGCCGCCGCCGCCAUGGACGCCUCCCCGCCCCGCCCGUGCCGCCCGUGGCCGCGCCGCCGACGGCCCCCGGCCCGCCGCCCGCCCCGCCGCCUCGUCGCUCCCGCCCCCACCCCCGCACCGGCCGCCCACCCGCACGUCGCCGCCGUGGUCGCUGCGACCCACGUCGGCGCGAGCGGCGGCGUGCGGGGCAUCACCUCGUGCCGGCCGUCGCCCCCGCACCGGCUGUCGCUCCCGCCCCGCCCCGCACCGCCGCACCACCCGCACGUCCCCGGGCACGGGCGAAGGUGUCCUCCGGUGGUCCUCGUGCUGCCAAGGCCAAGGCGGCUUCCUCCCCGGCGCCGAGGAAGGCCGUGGCCAAGAGGAGGGCCCCGGCGAAGCUGCCGGUGGCCGCCGCCGUGCCGCCCGCCCCGGCCGCCCCGGAGGUGUUCGACGAAAUGGCCACCCCGGCCGCCGCCGUGCCGCCCGCCCCGGCCGCCGUCGUGCCGCCCGCCCCGGCCGCCGUGUCCUUCAUGGACAUGCUCAAUGAGGUGGAGGUGGACAUCAACGCUCCACCGCUUGAUCCCUAUAGGGAUGAUGAUUUGGAGGGAGGAGAGGAUGCGGAGGGAGGAGAUGAGGAGGAGGAGGAUGAUGAUGAUGAAGACAUCACAGAGAUACAAGAGGAGGCGUUCACCGCCGUUGCUCGCCCCCCCGUCCGCUCGUCGAACUACACCGACGCGGAAGAUAUACUCUUGGUUCGAGCUUGGGCGUCGGUGGGGUUGGAUGCGGGCACCGGUACCGACCAAACCGGUAAACGGUAUUGGCAGCGCAUCGAGGACGCCUACCUUAAGAUGAAGCCGAAGAGGAGUGGGUUCGCCUCUCGCUCAUUCCGGUCGCUUCAAGGCCGGUGGGACUUGAUGAAGCCGGCAUGUGCGCGUUGGAGUGCCGCCAUGGACCAAGUGAUGGAUGCGCCGCCGAGUGACUAUGAGAAGAUUGCCGGCUUGAGGUACAAGGAGAUGGCCGGCUCCAAGGGCAAAGAAUUCCCAUUCAAGCAUGUUUGGUCAAUUCUUCAAACAUAUGACAAGUGGAAGUUGAGAGAUGAUGAAACCGCACCGAAGAAGUCCGCAAUGCUUGACAUGGAUGAUCCGGAUGUUGAGGAGAGGAACUUGAACAAGCCCGAGGGAACCAAGAAGGCCAAGCUUAGGGUGAAGAUGGAAGGAGAGGCGGCUAGCCUAAGGGAGAAGAUGGAUCAUAUGAUGAAGGCAAGAGAGGCUUUGGCAACCAAGACGUUGGAGACAAAGCUUCUCAUCACCGAGCAAAAGAAGGUGGUCAAGCUUGCACACAUUGAAGCAAAGCGUGAGGAGGCAGCCCGCAAGGCCGACUUGGAGGAGAGGAUGCUCAAGGUGAAAGAAGCAAAGGUAUGGAAAGAACUCAUGGUGGAAGAGAAGGAGCACAUGAUGAUGUGCAAGAAAGACAUGGAUGAAGAGCAAUUGCAAUGGUGGAAGGAGUACAAGGAGGACAUCGCCGAGAGGAAGAGGAUGUUCCGAGGGUCCUCCUCUACCUUUGUAGUUGACACUACCAUGAGCGAUAGCGGUGUCGACAACUCGCAUGAUGGUGGGGUUUGA